AUGAGGCCAAUUAGUUUGAGUAAUUUUCUUAAUAAAGUGAUCUCGAGGGUGAUGAAUGAUAGAGUCGGGGUUCUUCUUCCAUCCCUGAUUUCAGAAAAUCAGUCUGGCUUUGUGAAAGGAAUAAGCAUUACUGAAAAUGUGUUACUUGCUCAGGAGAUUAUUAUUGAUAUCAGAAAAUGGGGUAAGCCAGCAAAUGUGGUGAUCAAGUUGGAUAUGGCAAACGCAUAUGAUAGGGUGAAAUGGGGCUUUCUUAUAAAGGUGUUGGAAGAAAUGGGUUUUGAUAAUAACUUUGUUGAUAAAGUCUGGAGACUGGUUGCUAACAACUGGUAUUCUAUAUUUAUCAAUGGGCAGACUAAUGGUUUAUUUCACUCAUCUAGGGGAGUGAAACAAGGGGAUCCUCUAUCCCCUGCUUUGUUCAUACUAACUGCUGAAGUUCUAUCUUAA